UAUUAGUGUAGUAUUUGUGUGUUCACAGUACUCAGCUUAAAAUAUCUGACGACGCGCGUAGAUUUUGUUUUCUUACAAAUAAAAAUUAUUUUCAUUCAAAAUUUGUUUAGUUUUUCGUCAAAUUUUCACUAGAAAUCUUAGAGAAAUUACAAUAAAAUCGUAUAACGAACAAAUUUAAAUCACAAUUGGAAUUAGAAACUCGUUUUUGUAACAAUUAAACAUAGAAAAAAAUUCAAUUCAAUAGAAGAAAAUAAUAAUCAAACAAAAUAUUACAAUACGAAAAGAAAUUUACAUCUUUAUAGCCUAGAAAAAAAUAACACCCACGUUGCAAUAAUAAAGUGUUUGGAUUAAAAGAAAUAAAAAACAAAAACAAAUCAUAAUAAUCAUCAUAAAUUUUUGUAUGCAUUAUCCAACGUGUUGUAUUUUCGAAAUCUUUUUAUCUUGACAAAUACAAUAUUUUGUUUUGAAUGCUGCUGUGUUGUCUUUGAACAUAAACAAAACUUCAUAACAAAUGAUUUUCUGAUAUGAAUCUUCUAGCAUUAACAACAUUCUUAGUUAUUUUACAAAACUACAAGUGAUUUCUUUUAUAACUAUUUGUUUUAUCAUCUACCAACACUCUUGAGUCUGGAAUUAUUUCCCCCAAAAUCUUUCACGCUGCCUCCUGCGCUAAUAUACUCACACGAUGUAUAAGUUACUGGUCGGCUUAAAGAGCUAUUUAAAAUGGCAGGAUAUACAAACGGAUAAUACAAUAUUUCGUUUGCACAAUUCAUUUACCACAGUCCUGCUGUUGACGUGCAGUUUAAUUAUAACGGCCACACAAUAUGUUGGCCAACCGAUUAGUUGUAUAGUUAGUGGUAUACCAACACAUGUAGUGAAUACAUUCUGUUGGAUUCAUAGUACAUUUACAAUGCCGGAUGCGUUUCGAAGACAGGUUGGUCGCGAAGUGGCACAUCCUGGUAUUGCAAAUGAUUUUGAUGAUGAAGAUGCUAAAAAAUACUAUACCUACUAUCAGUGGGUUUGUUUUGUGCUCUUCUUUCAGGCCAUUGCAUGUUAUACACCAAAAUUUUUAUGGGAUAAAUUUGAAGGCGGUCUUAUGCGUAUGAUUGUUAUGGGCCUGAAUAUCACUAUCUGUACGCGACAAGAAAAAGAGGCUAAACGUGAUGCUUUACUCGAUUAUUUGACAAAACAUGUCAAACGUCAUAAGAUGUAUGCCAUUAGAUAUUGGCUUUGUGAGGCUUUAUGCUUUGUCAAUAUCAUUUUACAAAUGUAUCUAAUGAAUCGUUUCUUUGAUGGUGAAUUUAUGUCAUAUGGUACGAGAAUAAUGCAAUUGUCAGAUGUGCCACAGGAACAGAGAGUAGAUCCUAUGGUUUAUAUAUUUCCCCGUGUAACUAAAUGUAUAUUCCAUAAAUAUGGUGCUUCGGGUUCAUUGCAGAAACACGACUCUUUGUGUAUUCUACCCUUGAAUAUAGUGAAUGAGAAAACAUAUGUUUUCAUAUGGUUUUGGUAUAUGAUUUUGUUGGCUCUCCUUAUAGGAUUGUUAGUAUUCCGCGGUCUUAUGUUAUUUAUGCCCAAGUUCCGUCCUCGCCUGUUGCAUGCCCGCAAUCGUAUGAUUAGUUUGGAAACUUGCCGUAUUUUAUCACAAAAAUUGGAUAUUGGUGAUUGGUGGCUUAUCUAUAUGUUGGGCCGCAAUUUAGAUCCAGUCAUUUAUAAAGAAGUUAUGACUGAAUUCUCUAAAGAAAUUGAUCCUUCUAGAUAUAAUCGAGCUAAGUGAUUUUAUUUUUGUGUUUUUUUUUCUUUCUGAAAAUAACAUAACAACAACGACGACAGCUGCUAAAGAAUUUCUAAUACAUUUAAUUUUUGCAUCAAUAGUAGUUCUGUGAUUAAGUUAAUUAUCAUAAA